AUGCAAUCAAGGGAGGGAAUGACAAAGAAGGCCGAAAAAACUCAAUCCCGACUUGAAAAGCUUCACGAAGAAGCAACACUUGCAUUAACAGAAAAAAGAGAGCAAAUUGAAGCAUUAAAUAGUCAAAUAGAUUUAGCAGAGAAACAGAACGCUCAAUUAAAAGCAGAAUUACAAUCAAAAACUUUUAAAAUGCAGGAAUUUGAAAAUGAAAAUCAGCAGAAUGAAGAGGAAGAAGAUGGUGAGCCUCAAGAAUUUCAAAAUUUACGAGAAAAUCAUGAGCAAGAGCUCAAGAAACUUAUUGAUAGUCAUGAAGAAGAACUGAGAGUAUUAAAAGAUGAGUGUGCUAGAAAAUUAGCUGCUGCUGAAGAAUGGAAUAAAAAACAUUCUGAAACACUAAAGCUUGAAAUGCAGAUUAAAGUUGAUGGUUUAAAGAGUCAAAUAGAAAUAAUUAAAAAGCAGCAAAGUGAUGCUCUACUUACACAAACUCAAACCAGAAAUAAAAUUUAUCAAGAGCAAAGAGCUGAAGAAGUUGCCAACGAGCAAAAAAUACAACUUUUAGAAAAUCAAAUAUCAGAAGUACAAUCUCUUUCGCGUGAAGAAUUGCGUGGCAUUCGCGCUAAAAUUGAAGAAUGUCUUGUAACUGUAGAAUUACGACAAAAGGAACAUCAAAUAGAGCUAGAUCGUUAUAAAAAGGAGAUGGAAGAGAGAAAUGAAACGUAUAAUCAGCAUAUUUCCACAUUAACAGAGCAAUUAAAGAAUGAAAAAGAAAGAUUAGAGCAAGAAUCGAGAACAAUUGAAAUAAAAAUAGCUUCGAUGGAAAAGAUAUUAUCACAGCUCCAAAAUCAUCACCAGAAACAAAUGGAAACCACUCAGCAUGAUAUAGAAAGAAUGAAAAUUUCAAUUGAUAAUGCGAAAACAAGAGGAGAGCAAACAUUAACAUAUACGAAAACAUCUUUUGCGCAGUCAACAACGAAUACAAGAGAAAUUAAACAGCUACAAGAAGAUAUUAAUCUGCUGGAUAAAGAAAUUCUUGACUUGCAGAACGAAAAUGCCGAUCUUAGAGGGGAGUUGGAGCAUCUUCUGCAGUCCAAACAAAGAAAAGGGAAAUAA